AUGGCAAAGAAAAUCAUCACUGUCCUCGGCGUGACUGGCACACAGGGCGGCUCCGUCGCAGAACGGUUCCUCUCACACCCCGACUGGCUAGUCCGCGGCGUCACACGCAACCCGGGCUCUCCCAAAGCCAAAAACUGGGCAUCUCGAGGCGUGCAACUCUUCCAGGGCGACUACGACGACGUGCAGUCCCUCAAGGCCGCGUUCCUGGGCGCCCACGCCAUCUUCGCCGUCACCGACUGGGCGAGCAACCACGCCCGCGUGACCGCGGACGCGGCCCUGCAGGACAAGGCGAGAGCCGCCGGGCGCACGUUCGAAGAAUACGCUGGCGACCUCGAGACCGCGCAGGGGAUCAAUGUCGCCACGGCGGCCGCGGAGCCUGUUGUCCUGCGCACGCUCGAGCGGUUUGUCUUCUCGACCCUGCCGGCCGUCCGGGACAUUAGUCGCGGCGAGAUCGUCCACUCGUGGGAGUUUGACUCCAAGGCCGCCGCGGAGAAGUAUAUGCGUGCAUUACCCCCGCUGAGCCGCGUGCUGAGCACCGUCACCAUGGGGAUAUUCCAGGAGACCUGGCGGGACAUCCCCGCGUUCCGGCCGCGCAGGAGGCCCGACGGCACGUUUGAGCUGUUGCGGCUCAGAGCAGCGGCCGGGAGCCAUGUCGCCGACCCUCUGGUCGUGGCUAGCCGGGACACGGGCGCAUUUGUCGAGGCUCUGGUGCUGGACCACCCGACUGGCACGGACGUGCUGGGUGCCAGCGCGGUUUUGAGCAGGGAGGAGUAUGCGGCGCUCUGGGGACGGACCUUGGGCGUUGAGGCGUCGGUCAGGGAUGUCUCGGAGGACGAGUAUCGCCGGUAUGUCCCUGAGGAUAUACAGGUUACGUUGCUCGACGAUCUCAAGUUCUUUGCCGAGUAUGGGUAUACAGGAGGGAAUGCAAAGGUUAAACUACCCGGCGAGCUAGGGAUCAAGACCACCCCACUGGAAGAGUAUAUCCGGGCCCAGGACUGGAGUUUGGUUCUGAGUGGGGAGAUGUAG